AUGGAUACUCUUCAGCUGCCGGGCCUUCAUACCCUGACAACGGCGAUUUCCAUUUACUACAGGCGGUCGGCUGAACAUCAGCAGCUUUGGGAGAUGAUGCCUUUCUUAUUCACCAGCCCGGGGCUGAAGCAUCUCUGUCUGAAGCCUACUGAUGGUAUUCAUAAAGCUGGAGUGGAUCUGCUGAAAGCGAUAUGGCAAAGCUUGAUUGAUAAAGCCAAGCCGAAGGCAAUAUCCCAGUUGGAAUCGGUCACAAUUCCCAGCAACCGGCCCGAAGGAAUUAUGCUUUCCAAAUUAGCUGCCGCCGGAGACCUUUCUCAACUCCGCUCACUCGACAUUGGUUGCGUUUGUGAACCGGGGGAACUUGUCAACGUUGCCGACUUGUUGCCAAAUCUAAAGAGGCUUUUCCUUGAUCUCGAUAGAAGGAACCAGAGACCUACGACUAUCGAAACUGACAUCGAAGAAUCAAUAGCUGGGAUACUUGCCUUUCGCCCCUUGGAAUAUCUUUAUAUCAGGGGCCUUCGCGAUGUUGAAACCUUGGACAGAAUCAUCCAGCGUCAUGGACCGUCGUUGAAGGGACUUGCUCUCGUGCUCAACAAGGUCCACCAGUAUCCCAGACUCAAUUCUUCCAAGCUCCUCGAAAUGAUGAAUCUUUGUCCGAACAUGGAAGAGCUGCGCCUUCAAAUGAAGAGGUCAGCGGGCAACCAAGCAGAGUGUGAGAUGUACAAAGCGCUAGGUACCUUCCCCAAUCUCCAAAGACUAUUUCUAGAUUUGGAUUUCGAUGCUCGACCAAAGGUACCGAGGAUGGGCAGCUCUCCCGAAACAGACGAUCCCGAUCUCCGACGAACUUUCAUAAAUGCAGCCAUGGACGAGAGCCUGGCUCUCCAGAUUUGGACCAAGAUCAAAGACAAGAGCCCCAGUUUGAAAGACCUACGCAUUUUCCCAUACGGAAAUGUGUGCUUUGCCCAAGAGGAGCGUUACUUACUCGACUGCUUUGCGCGAUCAUAUCGGCUUACAGGUCAUAACCUUGAGAAUCCAGGAGUACCUGUCAUGGAGCAGAUUGGGAAAAGGGCAUGGGAGAUAAAACGAGCCAGGCAAAACAAUUGGGAUGAGUCUCCUCGUGAUGAAGAGAUCCGCCUCUCUAGUAGAGUUGUGUCCGUCCUUCAAAGUAUCUGGCCCCAGGUACUCGAGCAGACUUUCAGAAGCGAGUGGUGGGAUUGUUGGACCAGCCUACCUUUACAACCGGACACCGUCCAUAAAUUAUAA